AGAGAGAGUGUGACGGUGUUAUAUUGGGUGUACGAGGUGGGAAAUCUUGAAUGAUUUCAAGUUAGAGAAGGAGAGAGAGAGGGGCGAAUCUGAGUCAGUAGUGCGCGGGUCACUCGGAGGUGAGGCUCCCCGACUUGCCCGGAGUUCAGGAAAAGUUCAGCCGCAUAACAUUAGGCAAAUUACCACGAAAGCGAAUGGGGGAAUCAAAGAGUUGGGGACGAUGGGAGUCCAGUUGAAAACGGGGGUCACUUUAGGGGAAUGUCGUGUACAAAUGACAACCGAGGACAGAAACAACAAACAGUGUGUACAUGUAUAGAAUUAUUGGCGCUCCAUUGUAUCCACGGGCGAAGUGGACAUAGUGUUCCCCCGGAUUUCUACAGACCCAAUUUAACAAAAGGAACGUCGAUUCAUUUUAAGACCCCCUUAAUCCACAACUAGAGAUGAAAACUCCUUUCUCAAGCAAGCCACGGCGGGCCGAAUGCCUUUGAGCGGCGUCUCUUAAAGGGUUAAUUGUGGGCGGAGCAAAGCACGAAGAGAGUCGGGGGGGAGAGAGAGGAGACGGGCGGAGAAGGAGGAGCUUGGGCCCCCAGCUGCUGUGUCUUGUCACAUUCUGCAGAACAUGAUAGCCGCACGGUUUGUGUGGGGAACGGUUUCAGCGGCUCUCCAAAAACACAAACAACCGGGCAUGUUGAAGGCUUCGCGGAGCCGCGGGAUGUUGUAGAAUCACACACGGGACUCUCAAGAUCGCGACCCGGGGAAACCCGCUGUGCGUUGUCCGCUGCUGCGCGGGAGUGGAAUCGAUAUAUAUCCGCGUACCUACGGUGCUGAGACUGUCCGCCAACGGUUGAACCAAAACGGAACGGUGGUAGCCCGUAACCCAGAUGAGGACCCGCUGAAAACAUACGGGGAUCUUGUCACCACUGUAGGCUGUCUGCCGGGGGCUCGUCCGCUGUGGUCGACCGGAGUUGGUGAUCUCUUAUUCGGACUCUAUCGGUGGAUUUAUUGGAACAUUUUUUUUGCGUGGACGCACUCUUCAUAUUUCCCCUUGUUUCCCAGCAAAGGACAACGGAAUGUGUUUCUGUUGAAAGUUACCGGAGAGUGUGUUUUGGUAUCGUUAUGCACGUUACCAUUGCGAAUGCCACUCUGGCAUCACGUUGACAAGUAAAGGAAAUUAUGUUCCCCGAAUUGAGUGCCGGUAGAACUAUUUACAUCCCUAUCAAACGCUUUUACUAGAGGUUUUUAAACCCACACAACUCCCCACAGACGGAGGGCUACAGUCCCAUAUGACGUGCUCAUGCGUGGAUGCAGAUUUACUCCUCAAUUCGAUUAAAUGCAUAUUGCCUCGUUUCGCACAUGCAGUGCAGGCGUGUAUGGUGACGAGCUGAACACCGGAGGCGACUGUUCGUAUUUCUCCUUCGCCGAACCGUCGCCCGUGGACAUUUAUUUAGCGGGUACGACACCAAGUCGGUCACCGCCGCCUUGCUACGUAUGAUGUACGAAAGUGUGGACGUUGUGGGACUCCCGAACCCGUUUUUGAUCAUGGAAUACUACAACCAGAGCCGAGGAUGUGUGAUCCCCGAAAAGGGACUGGUGCCUGGAGCCCCCCAUCCUUACAGCACAUCCAUCCGGAACCAGCACUGGAACGGCUCGAAUCACUCGAUAGAGACCCAGAGCACCAGCUCGGAGGAGAUCGUGCCCAGCCCCCCGUCGCCGCCGCCGCCGCCCCGCGUCUACAAGCCCUGCUUCGUGUGCCAGGACAAGUCGUCGGGGUACCACUACGGGGUCAGCGCCUGUGAGGGCUGCAAGGGCUUCUUUCGGAGAAGUAUCCAGAAGAACAUGGUGUACACCUGCCAUCGGGAGAAGAACUGCAUCAUCAACAAGGUCACCCGCAACCGCUGCCAGUACUGCCGGCUGCAGAAGUGCCUGGAAGUGGGCAUGUCCAAGGAGUUCUGUCCCUCUGCAGCGGUGAGGAACGACCGGAACAAGAAGAAGAAGGACGAGAAGAAGCCCGAGUGCGUCGAGAGCUACGUGCUGAGCGCCGACACGGAGCAGAUGAUCGACAGAGUCCGCAAGGCCCACCAGGAGACCUUCCCCUCGCUCUGCCAACUCGGCAAAUACACCACGAGCAACAGCUCGGAGCGCCGUGUCUCUCUGGACGUGGACCUGUGGGACAAGUUCAGCGAGCUGUCCACCAAGUGCAUCAUCAAGACGGUGGAGUUCGCCAAGCAGCUGCCGGGCUUCACCACGCUCACCAUCGCCGACCAGAUCACCCUUCUCAAGGCCGCCUGCCUCGACAUCCUGAUUCUGCGGAUCUGCACGCGCUACACACCCGAGCAGGACACCAUGACCUUCUCGGACGGCCUGACGCUCAACCGGACGCAGAUGCACAACGCCGGCUUCGGCCCGCUCACCGACCUAGUGUUCUCCUUCGCCAACCAGCUGCUCCCCCUGGAGAUGGACGACGCUGAGACGGGGCUCCUCAGCGCCAUCUGUCUGCUGUGUGGAGACCGCCAGGACUUGGAGCAGGCGGACAAGGUGGAUGUCCUGCAGGAGCCGCUGCUCGAGGCCCUGAAGAUCUACGUGAGGAGGAGGAGACCCCACAAACCGCACAUGUUCCCCAAGAUGUUGAUGAAGAUCACCGACCUGAGAAGCAUCAGCGCCAAAGGAGCCGAGCGGGUCAUCACCCUCAAGAUGGAGAUCCCCGGCUCCAUGCCCCCCCUCAUCCAGGAGAUGUUGGAGAACUCGGAGGGUCUGGAGAGCGGGGCCACGGGGGCCCGGUCCAGCGGGGCCCCCCCUGGCAGCUGCAGUCCCAGCCUGUCGCCCAGCUCAGCCCAAAGCAGUCCGGCCACCCAGUCCCCGUAGCGUAGCAGAACCACCACCACCACAGCCACCACCACCACCACGCGCUGCCCUCUCUCCGCCCGGCCCUCUCCCCCCGGGCCACCGGCCCCGCGCUGGCCCUCUCCUCCCUGGAGGAGGCUGCAUGACGGAGCGGAGAGGCAGGGGCCCGGCUGGGGGAACCGGAGGCUGGCUUGUUGGGUGGAGGGGGGAAGGCGGAGCGGGCCUCUCUCUAGCUCCAGCCCUGCCCCUGGAACCAGGAUGUGGGUGGGAAGGGGGAGGGCCUUGUUGGAGCGUGGGAGGCGGAUAGACUUCUAAGGGACAAUACUGUAAACACUGCUCCACCUCCUCCUCCUCCGUCUCAUCAUCCUCCUGCCUUCACCCUCGCCUCCUCCACCUCCUCCCCUUUGCUCCAUCCUCUGAAAGACAGAUGGGUCCAGCCGGGACGGUGGGCCAGUGCAUCAGUGUGUUGGUCUGAAAUAGGGGGGCGAUGCCAGUAAAGACCUCACAAGACCACCCGACACCUUCUUGUUGUCGGUCUUGUCCUACUUCAAGGUGAACUAUGGGGCUGGAUCUUGGCCAUGAUGCACCUCCAGCUCUCCCAAUUACCCCGCCCCUAUCCCCCUCCACCCUAGCACCACCACCCCGCCCCCUCCCCUCUAAAAACAAAGACAAAAAGAAAAAGAAACUCUUGGGUCUUUUAUUCCUUUUCCAACUUCAAAACAAAACCUAUUUCGUACAAAAGUUAUAUAAAUAUAUAUAGAAAAAUACUUAAUGAACUAUGGCGACUGACUUGUCCACUAUGGAAUGACAGGAUGAGUAGCAGGAGAGAACAUUGUGGUUUAUUUUGGAGAUUUUAAACUGUUGUUAUUCCUAAACUGUUUUAAUAUUUUCCUACCCAUCGGGCGUGUUGACCGAGGCUCUUCGAUUUCGUUACAUACGAGGAAGGUGUUUGAAGUGAAUGAAAAAAGUUUAAGAUGUUGAAAUGGCUGUCCAAUCCACAUACAAACAUGCAUGUACACACACACAAACACACAGACAAAGACACAGGCACACACACAGACGCACCAACAAACAAACAUAGGCAGACACACUUUAUUAUGCACAGGAAAUGUGUCCAUUAAUAUCACAUACUAUUCCAGGUUGGGUUGGUUUUUCUAUUGAUCUUAAUUUUGUUUUGCGCUGCAAAGAGAAUGGAGAAAGCAAUGAUUGUAUUAACUUGGUUGUAUCACACGGUCACCUGUCCUUUCAAGAAAUCAAUUUAAUGAAGAUCCUUUAUUAAGGUGUAUUUUAAGUAGCCUAUGAGUUUGUGUAUAUAAGCUGUAUUCAUUUCUUUAAAACUAUGAAGAGUUUAGCUUUCACCUGAUUUACGAAAAAAAAAAGAAAUACAUUUUAUGUAUUUUUGUCCAUAGGUUUGUGAUUCAAGAAAAGACUUAUCGAGCACAUUUUACUGAAGGAAAUGCAUCCGUGUUUUUUGUCCUACUAGAAACCGGGCAGGCCGAGUUUUGCAAAUUUCAGCAACUGCCUCAUCUUAUUUUAUAUCCCCCACCACCACCACCACCACCCUCACACUGCGAACAAGACCCCACCUUUUUAAAUAUAGUUUUUGAAGGAGCUCUCCAAUCAGGGAAUAGCUUAUUUUUUUGCCGUGCAACUGACAGGAGAUGGUUCAACCCAUUGGCCAGCAGACGGGGGGGUAACUCAACGCAAAAGCAGCAUACUCCCCCCAAGACGGUUGUGCCGUGAAGGAUUGGGACUCGCACACACUUUGGCAGAAACACAUUGUGUGUGUGUGAUCGUGUGUGUGUCUGGGGGAGGGGGCCUGAACAUGGGACUUCUGACUGAAAAUUAACAUGUGCCCGUUGACCUUUUUGAAUCUAACGGGACCUCACUCUGGUGAUUCUCUUCUCACGCCAAAACGCCUUCACUUCACCAACCAUCUCGUUGAGACCGUCGUACCUGUACACCACUACACCCACACACACAUCUGCGCACAAACAUACACACACGCGCACAAACAUACACACACGCACCAAUGUCUCAGGAAGGAAUCAUUAAUUUGUGUGCUUGGCCUGUUCUUUGUAAAUGUUAUCCAGUGCUACACUCCUUGCCCUCCCAUGACACACACACACACACACACACACACACACACACACACACACACACACACACACACACACACACACACACACACACACACACACACACACACACACACACACACACACACACACACACACACCUCUGCUACUGAGCCCCUGAAUUCGUUGAUCACUCACUUUAUGUUUGGCCUGGUUGCCCAGGACUAUCUUUUUUUUUUCUUUUUUCAGAGACAAGCAUUUUGUUUCCGACAUAGGAUGCCAGUGUGGAAUCUGUUUGACUCGUUUCUGUGUAUGUUCAUUACUGUCAAAGCUGCUUUCUUCAAUCAGGACUUCAACCACGUCCAGAACAGCACAGCCUCGCUCGCCGCCGCCGCCGCUUAUCUGAAAUGGCAACAAAAUGCACCCUCAGUUUUUGAAAAUUAUGGAAUAUGUUGCGAUUUUGUGUCAUGCUUAACAGGUGACUUUGAAAAGAAAAGAGAAAAAACAAACAAAAAAAACAUAAAAUCGACAUUUAAUAACAA